AUGGUCAUGUUUCUUGGGGCAUGCUUGGAUCAGGACGCGCCAAUCAUGUGCAUCACCGAGUACAUGCCUGGUGGGGAUCUCGAGCGCUACUAUAUGGCCAAGCGCCGGGAGAAGAUGACGGAUGUUUGGUGUCCGCCGCUGUGGCGGAUCCUGGAGUGGAGCUCUGCUGUGGCCCGAGCGCUUGCGUUCCUUCACCACCGUGAGGCACCGCUGAUCCACCGGGACCUGAAGCCCCUCAACCUCCUCUUGAACAAGCACCUGGAGGUCAAAGUGGCUGACAUGGGCAUCUCCAAAGUGAUGGCGGCAACGAAAGGCGACACUAGCAGCUACAGGAUGACGGGUGGAGUUGGCAGCUGGCUUUACAUGGCGCCAGAGGUUGUCAGGCACGAGCAGUACAAUGAGAAGGUUGACAUCUAUGCUUUUGCAUUGAUCAUGUACUUCAUGAGCUCUGGGCGAGCUCCUUUCUAUCAGCUAGGAAGAGAUCCUGAGAUGGUGCUGAAGGAAUACCUGCGAGGGCAUGAACCUAGGCCGGUCAUCGCUGAUUGCCAUUCGCAGCUGCGGGACAUCAUGACCUCCGCCUGGCAUGUGGACGAGAAGCUCCGGCCGACUGCCGAGCAGUUAGUGGAGGAGUUGAGCGAG